AUGCCAGCCCCGAUCGACCUCUUCAUCCUCGCCCUCACCAUCCUUCUCCCCCUCGCAUGGUACUUCCGUGACUCGCUGCCUAUCAUUGGCGGGCGGUCAAAAGCGGGUGGAGCUGGAUCGGGCGGUGCGGCCGGUAUAGGGAAGAAGGGGGCGGUGGAAGAGGGUGAUCCAAGAGAUUUCGUAGGCAAGAUGGAGCGAGGUAAGAAGCGCUGUGCCAUGUUCUACGGCUCUCAAACCGGUACUGCCGAGGAAUAUGCCCUGCGUCUCGCCAAAGAAGCCAAGACUCGCUUCGGUCUCUCCUCCCUCGUCUGCGACCCGGAGGAAUACGACUUUGCCAACCUCGACACCGUACCCUCUGACUGCGCCAUCUUCUUUUCGGUCGCCACAUACGGCGAGGGAGAGCCAACGGACAAUGCUCAGCCAUUCAUGGACUUCCUCAUGGACCCCUCGGUCGAGUUCUCUAUGGGCGGGAGCACGCUCGAGAACCUCCACUACGUCGUCUUCGGGCUCGGAAACAAGACAUACGCGUACUACAACGAGGUCGCGCGGAAGAUUGACAAUCGUCUUGCCGAGCUCGGCGCGAAGCGGAUCGGAGAGCGUGGAGAGGGGGACGACGACAAGUCGAUGGAGGAGGAUUAUCUGGGAUGGAAGGAUUCGAUGUGGGAGAAGUUCUCGGAGGUGUUGGGUGUGGAAGAGGGCGGAGCGGGCGAUGUCGCAGACUUUGCAGUCACGGAGGUGACGACUCUGCCGGCGGAGAAGGUGUAUCAUGGGGAGUUGUCGCCAAGGGCGUUGCUCGCCACUGCUAGCGGCGCAAGCACCCCUAUCGGGAGCUACGACGCCAAGAACCCUUACCCUGCACCGGUCCUCGCUUCCAAGGAGCUCUUCACGGUCGGCGGGGAGCGCAACUGUGUCCACAUCGAAUUCGACGUCACCGGGUCGGGCAUGACAUAUCAGCACGGCGACCACGUCGGGGUCUGGCCGUCCAACCCGGAUACGGAGGUCGAUAGGAUGCUCCAUAUCCUCGGACUGGCCAGCGACGAGCGGCGGCACGCUGUUGUGACUAUCGAGUCACUGGACCCGGCGCUCGCAAAAGUCCCCUUCCCCACGCCUGCCACAUACGACGCCAUCUUUCGGCACUACCUUGACAUCUCGGCGGUCGCUUCGCGGCAGACUCUGGCCUUCCUUGCGCGGUACGCCCCAACCGAGGAGGCACGGGAGAAGCUCACUCGGUGGGGUACCAACCGGGACGCGUACGUCGCAGAGGUGGACGGGCCAUGUCUCAAGCUCGCGGAAGUACUGCAGGCGGCAGUGGGCGACUCGCUCGAACCUCCCUUCUCCAGCACCCCCUGGCCUAUCCCCUUCGACCGAAUGAUCUCGGUCGUUCCUCGCUUACAACCCCGGUACUACUCCAUCUCGUCCUCGUCCAAACUCCACCCCUCCACUAUCCACGUAACGGCCGUCGUGCUCAAGUAUCAAACCCCACCUUCCUCUGUGCUCAAGCACGAGCCCCGUUGGGUCUUUGGGCUAUCGACCAACUUCAUCCUCAAUGUCUCGCGCGCGUCCUCGGGCGCCAAUACUCCCGUGGAGGGCCAGGCGCAGUCCACAUUGGGCGUACCGCAGAAUGUCACCAUGCACAAGACGCCACAGUACCGUCUGGCCGGGCCAAGGGGGCACUAUGUGCGGGAGAACGUCUACCGGGUGCCUAUCCAUGUACGCCGGUCGACCUUCAGAUUACCGACCAGCCCGAAGGUUCCAGUCAUCAUGAUUGGCCCAGGAACUGGUGUUGCCCCAUUCCGCGGUUUCGUCCAAGAACGCGUCGCCCUCGCUCGUAAAGCCAUCGAAAAAAAUGGACCGGACGCACUUGCCGAGUGGGCGCCUAUGUACCUCUUCUACGGAUGCCGCAAGUCCAACGAGGAUUUCCUGUACAAGGAUGAAUGGCCGACAUAUGAGCAGGAGCUCAAGGGGAAAUUGAGGAUGAAGGUGGCGUUCUCAAGGGAGGAUCGGAAUGCCGAUGGAAGCAAAGUAUAUGUCCAAGAUCUGUUGUGGAACGAGAGGGACGACCUUGCGCCUCUUAUCCUCGAGAAACGGGCGUAUGUGUACAUCUGCGGAGACGCCAAGUCGAUGGCCAAGUCGGUGGAGGAGAAGCUGGCGCGGAUGUUGGGGGCGGCCAAGGGCGGGAGCGCAGAAGUGGAGGGUGCGAAGGAAGUCAAGCUGUUGAAGGACCGGAAUCGCUUGCUUUCGGAUGUGUGGAGCUAG